GCAUUGGCAAGCUUGAAUGACGUAGAUUGGGCAGUAGCCAAGUAUCAGGACUGCCACAUUUCAUCAGGUGGCUACGCUCACCGCGCCCAUCUGGAAGUACUGCCCUCUCAUCCUGUUGAAGUUCUCUUCUCAGUAUAUUUGAGAUUCAGAAUGUGUAGCAGGUUGCUGUGGAUGGUAAGCGUGGUGUUGUCAGCACUGGUGGGUGUGGAGGGGCUGGAGAAUGGGCUGGCCCGCACUCCACCCAUGGGUUGGCUGGCAUGGCAGAGAUUCCGGUGCAACACAGACUGUGUCAAUGAUCCUCACAACUGUAUCAGUGAGUCCCUGUUCAUGCAAAUGGCUGAUCUGCUGGUGCAUGAAGGCUAUAGGGACCUGGGCUACAACCUCAUCUCCCUGGAUGAUUGCUGGAUGGCGCGCAGCAGGGAUGCUCAGGGCCGCCUGCAGCCAGACCCUUACCGCUUCCCCUCUGGCAUUAAGGCGCUCAGUGAUUAUAUUCACAAAAGAGGCAUGAAGUUUGGAAUAUAUGAGGACUAUGGCAAUUAUACCUGUGCUGGGUAUCCUGGCAUCCUAGGGCACCUUCAGACUGAUGCCCUGACCUUUGCUGAGUGGGGUGUGGAUUACGUUAAGCUGGACGGCUGUUAUUCCCACCCCAGUGAUAUGGACAGAGGAUACCCAGAAUUUGGCUAUUAUCUGAACAAGACUGGCAUUCCAAUGGUGUACUCUUGUGAAUGGCCUUGGUACCAACUGAGGGCACAUAUGAAGGACAAGGGAAUUGAGAUCUGGGCCCGUCCUAUCACACCACUCUCUGGCAUCCACUACUCCUAUGCCAUUGCCUUCCUCAACCGCCGCACGGAUGGCACACCCUCCGAGAUUUCUGUGACACUGAGAGAGCUUGGUCUUGCCAACCCAGAAGGCUACUCCAUUACAGACCUCUUUGAUGGUGUCCAUUAUGGCACUGUUCAGCCAGACAAGCGCUUCAAAGUGGAUGUCAACCCAUCAGGUGUGGUGUUGGUGAGGUGUGAGGUGGCCAAGCAUGGUGCUGCUGGGAUAAAGGGACCAUUCAGACCAGCACCCACUGAACGCACUCUCAGAAACCCUUUCCACAAUAAUAAUUUAUUCAAUAAUUUUGGUGGCUAAGGACACCAGAUAUUCUUAGGGUGUGUGUGUUUAUAAUAUUUCAUACUUUACUGUGUAUAGGCAAAUGAAAGGUGUCAUUGCUACUUAGUAAUUCACUCGUUUGUUCAUAUUGCAUCUCAGCAAGUUCCUUACAAAUGUGUGCCAGUGCAUUCCUUGUUUUGAUAGUCCUUACUUUGUUAAAGGUGUUCAUUAUUCAAACAAUCUUCAUCAUCCAUUAUAAUUAAACUGUUGUGGUAUUCAGUAGAUUAAUUUUACAUUUGAUAAAAUAGUUCCUGAAAUGGGAAAGACUGAAGUUCAUAGGUUGGAAGUGAUUAGUUUUGAUUAGCCUUUAGUUUUUAACCUUGACUUGGCUACCCUACUUAACAGGGGAUGUGAGCCUCAUGUAUAGGUAAGAGUUAGACAUAGUUUUGGUUAAUUUGAAUGAAGAAUGCUUACUUAUCCUUUGUUUCCAAUCAGAAUAACAAAUUUGGUAUUACAGGAAUGUAUGUUUCACUUGCAUUAUUUUGGUACUGAAAGUUUUGAUGAAGAUAUUACACCUUUACAUUUCAUUCAUUCAUUUAUAGAGCAAUUGUACAUAAGCAUAUAUAGUUUUUUUUUUCAUAUCAUUUACUUUCCAGU